GUAUGUAAUCAGAUCUACGUCUUCAGUAGAUACUAUAGUCAUACUGUUUAUAGAUAACUGAGGCUCUCUUGUAUAUCGCUCACCAUUCACAUCUUGCGUUGCUGAAAUCAUUUUCAUAUAUGUAUAUGCGAUGCUGUUCCAUAUUUUACAUUUUGAUUUCUUCAUCAACCCAAUAAUUGGACUGUGCUUUGUUUUCAUGGUGUGUUAUUUCAUCUUUAAGAGGGUCGAGAGUCGUCUACAGUCCCUCCCCGGGCCCACCCGGUGGCCCAUUGUCGGAAACAUCCCGGACCUGGCGUUUACGCGCCAAACUUAUCGCCGUCUGCUGGAGUUUCGCGACAAGUAUGGCGACAUUGUUCAGCUGAGGCUGGGUCCUAACCUGACCGUGGUGGCAGUGUUUGGACACAAGUAUCUGUAUGAACUUCUGGUGGAAAAUGGGGACAAAACGAAAUACAGACCAAGCUGGCUUCACCUACCGAAAAAACUGUUUAGGGAGACCGGUGUGCUGUGGAGCAAUGGAGAGGAAUGGAACUCUCUUCGAAAGUUUACGAUAAACGCUCUCAAGGAAUUGGGAUUUGGAUCUACCAUAGAAAACAGAAUCCAACAGGAGGCAGGGCACCUCAUCAAGGCUAUCCAGUCCGAGGGCAAAACGGAAACUGAUCUGAAAAAGUUUAUUCCAAAGGCUGUUUCAAAUAUAAUUUCUGUGAUCGUGUUUGGUGAUAGAUUUGAAUAUACGGAUGAAGACUUUUUGGAAUUGCUUGAAAACUUAGACUACAUAUUCACACAUUUUGGUUAUCAACAGCCAUCCAUUUUCUUUUCAUUUAUGGAACCGGUGGAUUUUUCUGCACAGAUAAUAUCUGAAAACAUGAAAAAAAUUAAGGAAUAUUGUCGAAAGCAAGUCAAAUGGCAUGAGGAGACUCAAAAGAAGGGAGUGGUUCGAGACUUUGUUGACAUGUACUUAGAACAGAUUGGUACAGAGAAUGGAACAUUGUCAGAGAGGAGUAUGUUCCAGAUUAUAUUUGACCUGUACGCGGCAGGGACUGAGACCUCCUCCACGGGCCUACUAUGGAUAGUCCUGUACCUCAUUAAGUACCCCGUGGUCCAAACCAAGUGUGCGGCGGAGAUCAAACGAGUGAUUGGUCUUGAUACAACAGUGCAAUUUUCUGACAAAGAGAAAUUACCUUACGUUACAGCAACAAUCAAUGAAGUACAGCGGAUAUCAACAUUAGGUGCUUUGAGUCUUCCGAGGUCAAGCUUAGAGGAUGUAGAGAUUGAUGGAAAAGUCAUUCCAAAGAAUUCCGUCAUCAUCCCACAUAUAUAUUCCGCUCACCAUGACAAGACCGAGUGGCAGAAACCGGAAGAAUUCAAACCCGAGCGCUUCAUAGACAAGGACAGACAUAUCAUCAAACACAAGGCAUUCUAUCCUUUCUCUAUUGGUCCUCGUGCCUGUCCUGGUAAACAACUUGGAGAGAUGGAGAUGUUUAUCUUUACUGUUUCUCUGUUGCAAGAAUUUGAAUUCAAGUCAGUUAUCCCCCCUGAUGACCUUGACAUUGAGGGGCUCCAGACAGGGGUAACUCUAGUACCUGCCUCAUAUAAAGUAAAAGUCAACAGUCGCCACAAGAUUACACACUGACUAUUGACAAAUUAAAGAAAAUACAGAGGAGACAUAUAAUAUUGGUUAAUGUUAACCUCAGAACCAGCCAGAUUCAAUAUGAUAACCCAGCAUUUUAAAAUUAAAUGGCAAAAUCAGGUGUGAAUUUUUCAUAGACGUACCUUUUAAAAGCCAUUUUAUUAAUUACAUCCAAAAAAAAUCCUCAUAGGAUUGCACCCUUAGAACACAAAAUAUCAAGAUGAACUGUAAAGAAUUUUUUCUGAAAAUAAAAGGAAACAUCACCAUUACAGGCACGUACCAUCAGGGGAAGAGCACUUUCAAAAAACAAUGCUAUGUGCCUGCAUUAAAACUAUCAUC